UUUAAUGGACAUUUUCAAUAUUAACGGACUAAACUGGAACCACAAGUCCGAUUGUUCGUUAACUAUCGUAACCUUACACAGGAAAUACCCACAAUGGUUUUUAUUUUUUUAAUUCGAAUAAAUAAUUAGUCACAAAGCACAUUACUUGAUAUUCAUCUAUGGGGUUUGACUAAAUGAUCCAGAACAAGGUUGUUGUUAAUGGUCAAGUUUAGAAAUGUUCAACAAAACCGUAACAGCUCUAGUGGGGUUACUUUUAGUAAUUUUCCUUAGAACAUCUGAAGCAUGUAAUGGUUAUACCCUCAAAGUCAAUCGCGCGAAAAACUGCGUGGAAAACAGUGUAAUCAAAAUUGAAAAUGGCGACGCAACUCUGGACAAAGAUUGCAACUUAAUUUUAAAAGGGUGUCUAAAUUUCCCGAAAGGUUUCAAGACAGCAAAGGGCAAAUAUGUCUUGAAAAAAGCGCCUAUGCCACCCAUGGACGGGGACCUAGAUUUCUGUGAUGCUGUUGGUAACUUGGAUGAUCCGCAAAUAGGAAAUGUGGCCAGGAUGUAUAACAUGCCGUCCAAAUGUCCAAUACCACCAGGAAAAGCAUGUGGUGACCCGAACAAAAAAAUAAACUUAAGCAAAUACAAAAAUCAAUUGGGUAUUGCGGCUGGAACAAUUGAUCUAAAACUUGAUGUGGACCACGAUACUGGAAAGACUUGCAUUGAUAUAAAUCUGACCAUUUCAAAAACAAGAGCUAGAGGGUAGGUGACAUCUGCUUUGAAAUACGUUAUGUUAAACUUUACUGAUUAAUUUCUAAUAAAAUUUUGCUUAAGAACGUAAAAUGUGACGUCAGUGUUUCA